AUGCUACCGCCAUUCGCAAAACAAGACCCCGACCAACCACCAUUCAACUGGCACGAAGAGUUGAUCGAGCCCCUCCUCAUCGCCUUUGCAGUCCUCAUCCCGGCAUCCAUCGUCUUCUACACGCUAGCAAAGGUCACGGGGUGGCUUCCCUCGGCCGAGACGCUUUCCAAGCCUCCACCACUCGCGGCCAAGUUUGCCGCCGAGAACGCGCGGCGCGCAGGCCUCGUGUACGCAGGCAACGGCGGCAUCAACCCGUCCUACGUCCCCGCGCCAGCUCCAGCGGCCCCGAAGCCCGCCCCGGCCCCCGCUGCGCCGGCCCAGCCGUCCCCGCUCUCCGAGGCACGUCUCGAGCUGGCAAAGUACUGGGCCGGGCUGGUGACCGAGCUGAUCGCGCUCGACCGCGAGGCGUCGGCCGUCGCGUCGGUCAAGGCCGAGACGCCCCUCGACAGCAACAAGUCGGACUCGGGCGCCGCGCCCAGCCCCGGCGUCACUGCCAUCACCGCGCCCGCGUGGGAUAGGCAGGCGCGAGAGAGCCGCCUCGUCAAGAGCAUCCUGCUCUGCGAGCGCGAGUACGACCGCGUCGUGGCGGCCCAGAAGGCGACGACGCAGCUCGGGCUCGACGCGGCCAAGCUCGGGCGCUUGUAG